AUGCGAGGAGGACGGUUCCUUUCAGCCGCGGUGGCAAAUACGCCUCGUCUUCCACAGGCCGCUACACAGGCUUCAUCGUCCUCUGCGGGAUCAGCGACACGCUAUGCCUGGAACACCAGGCGGCGGUCCUUCCACAGCUCUCUGACACGCACGCAGGACAGCCGAGACGAGAAUGGCUCUGCAGCAGGAGUCAUGGAUGAAGGCACUUCCACAUCUCCUCAGGCCUCCUCCUCAUCCGAAGCACCUCAAGGUAGCAACACUGAUGUCGACACUGCUACCGCCAGUAGUCAGGCACCUUCACAGACCAUGUCCGACCAACAGGCAUCACGAUUAAACUCUCUGUUUGGCCUGGGAGAAGACAGCCCUGCCUCUUCUUCCUCUACCUCGGAGAAGGCGACACGCACGCCAUUCUCACUGUCAGCGAACGAUUCCACCUCCUCCUCUUCUAACGCAGCAUCAGCCUACGACGGCCUCUUCGACUCGCCCGACGCCUUUGCCCGAACAGAUCCCCCCUCCGCUCGCAGCACCGCCCGGCGGACCCUUCCAAGGGAGACCCUACUGGGAGGCUCUGCCCAGCGACAGGGUUUCCGUGGGUCAGGUUAUGACUCGACUUCGCGCUCGGAUAGAUACGCAGCACCUGCGAAGUUGGACCCCUCGGAAAAGCGCAAAUGGCAAAAGCUACUCGCGGAUGUGGCCAGCAGCUUCAGCAGCGAUGGUCGUGGAGGCUCAGGCUCUGCGCUCGAUGGCGCUCUUGGCUCUUUUGCCAGGCGCAAUGACCUAGAGGAUCUCCGACAGAAUCGUCGGAGGGCUCGACUGGGCCACAGAGCCACUGUCAGCGAUGGUUCCGGUCGUCUAGCUCGACUAGACGAGGGCAUCGGAUCCGACCUGAGCGAAGAGGACAUUGAAGCUGGUGUGGAUCAGGCUAGACAGGAAAUGAAUCUGCAAAUGAAUGAAGCAGACCUCUGGGCUUGGGCAGCAAAGGAGAUUUGGGCAUUCGAUGAGAAGAGACACAGGAAGGGGUCUGCCGCUGCGAGGCAGCAGAUGCAGCCCCCGGCGGAAACCCUAUCAGAGGCAGGACCAGAGGCUGUCGCGGCCCCGGGGGAGGAGCCAGUGCUCCACCAAGCGGCAUACGGGAUGGGCACUCCAUUCUACGGUCCUGUCCUCCAUCAGCUCCUCAUCCACUUCAGGGAUCGCCUCAAGUCACCCACUUCCGCCCUCGCCGUUCUGCAAAUCACCCGAGCGCUCGGCCCACGCUCACUGGUUCUGGGCUGCACCGCCGAGCUCUACACCGAGGCGAUCCGUACUCGAUGGGAGGAAUGGCGCGACGCACGCGGCUGUCUGGAGCUGCUCAAGGAAGCUAGAGGCGUGGGCAUCGUCGAUAGUCGAAUCGCUCGCGGUCUUGCGGGGCCCGAGCCCAAUUCGAGAAGUCUCGUAGGCGUGGGACAGAGCAUUCAGGGAGAACUACGACAGAGCGUCCUAGCUGGACGAGCAAAAGACGCCGAACCCAAGACAGGCACAGAGAUCGAGCAUGGAGGUCUGGCGCAAGGCGCUCAUGAGCAGUCAAGCUCACCGGAGAAAGAGCCAGAGACGGACAUCCUCGCCUCCCUCUGGCCCUCUCCAGCCGAGGAGACCAAAGACCCUCCCUUGCCCCCACCUACGGCAAUUGCCACAGAAACGCUCUCCCUCGCAGCCAUGCAGGCCCUACACAUGGCAGAUGACAUUGGCCGUAUCAUCGGUAGCGAUCGUCGGAGGCAAAAUGACCAUAGCAACAUGCGAGGUGGACCAGAAAGAGGAGCGGGAAGGGAAGAAGAAGACAGAAGAGGAGAAAGUAGAGGAGGGCGCUUCUCUUCCUUCUCCUCCUCGCAAAGCGGUAGUGGGGAUAGACGAACGUUCGGUGGUGGUUCAGGCGCAAGGGGUGGCUAUCAGCGAAGGGAUGGUGAGGCAAGGCGGGCCUGGGGCGAUGCUGGCAGCGGCAGGAGUGAUACUUUUGCGCAUCAGACGCCACACUCUUCUAGUAGAGGGACGAGGUGGAAUCUGCGCAGGUGA